AUGGAAAUCUGUGCAAUGCAUCAAGGGGAUAUAAAAUAUAUAAUAUUGGAUAAAAAUUCAGUUAAAUUGGCAUGCACUGAAUGCAAGGAUGAUGGAAUCACAGAAGGCUGUGAACCUGAUUAAUGCAUUCUGAUAUCGAAAGUUCUCAAAUUACCUGAGGUUUUAUUAAGUAAGAUUAAUAUUGAUUCUGAAUUGAAAUCAUUUUUCUCUAACAUCCUCAAAGAAUCAAAAGAAGAACUAAGUAACUUUAAAAACUACUGGUUAAAGUAAUUAUAAGAAAUAAAGACUGCUUUAGAAAACUUGAUAUGUGAAACGGAUAAUUACAUUGAUACAUUAACUAAGAUGCUUAGCGGUUAUAGAAUAGAAUUAAAAAGAAUUAUCAAAUUCGAGAUUUUCGAAUAAUAUAUUAAGGCCAAUGUAAACAAUUACAAUAUCGAUAAGAUGGGAUCUGCAAUCAUCUACAAAAAUCGGAAUGAAAUAAACUCUUAAUUAGAACUUAAAAUUUAAGACUAUAUAAAUUAGAUAACUCAGGUGAACAAGGAUGAAAUCUAAAAGAAAAUGGAAGAUCUAGUUUUGGAUUAUAAGAAUAAAGUAAUCAAUACUAAGGUACCAUCAUCAAUAGAAAUAUUAAAUUCAUUUAAGUCUGGAUUAGAAGAAUUCUAGGUGGCUGUUACUGAGAAGUCACGCCUAGUGAAUCCACUCUUGAGUGUAGUGUCCUCCUUAUUGUCACCUUCGAAUUUCUAGGAUAUUCUUUAUAAGAUCCCCUAAAAAUAGAGUGCAAAGUGUACACUGAUUUACUAAGGAUCGAAAGAUGGAUUUGAGACUAUCAAAUUUUGGAAUAAAAUCUAAAACAAAUCCAAUCUACUCAUGAUAAUGAAAUUAAAGAACAAUGUGUGUAUUUUUGGAGGAUAUUCACCUUGUCAAUGGUUGAAGUCAUCUUAACCUUAAUUUAUUGCAGAUAAUCAAGGCCAUUCAUUUUUGUUUAUACAAAAUAAAAGUGUUCAGAUGCAAUACUAUCCAAUCAAAAGUGAUUUUAAACAUCAAGCAAUUUCUGUGAAUUAAAACUAUGGACCAUUGUUUGGUAAGAAUGAUCUGCAGAUAUUCUCUGACUUCAAAGAAGGAUACAUCAAUAUAGGGUAACAUUACUUCAGAGAUCCAAAAGAUAAUUAAUAAAGCCUCCUUUUGGGACCUAAAUUAACAGAGAUUACGGAAUGUGAAGUCUAUGAAUUAUGA